CUUUACUGCCGGCGUGUUCUCCAGUUGUAAAAGUUUCUGGUUUCGGAGUUCCUUAACUAGCUAGCUAAAUAACUCGGUGUAAAUCGGAUACUUUUCUGAUUAAAUGUAAAACAACAACAGGAAACGUGCAGAGAUUAUUUAAAGAGCUAUCCCGUUAAUUUGAGAUGCGUAAUUUAAGAAGUGUUAGCUAGUUUAGCUAAUCCUAUGCGCAGACCUUGUUCAGUCGAUACUUGUUCUGUACAAGUCAUAGCUGUACUGCAAGUCAGUGGACACAUCAGUUACCUUAACUAAUGACAAAGUAGUGGGGCAGGCUGAAGUUUUGCGGUACCGCGAUGGUGUUUUUUACCUGCAAUGCGUGCGGCGAGUCGCUCAAGAAAUCGCAGGUCGAUAAACACGUGUCUGUGUGUCGAGCGUGCCAGGUUUUGUCUUGCAUUGAUUGUGGCAAAGACUUUUGGGGGGACGACUAUAAGAGCCAUGUCAAAUGCAUUAGUGAGGACCAGAAGUACGGUGGCAAAGGAUACGAGGCAAAAGCGAAUAAGGGCGUUAUAAAACAGCAGCAGUGGAUACAGAUAAUCCAGGAGGCCAUUAAUAAACCCGACAUUAAUCCCAAACUGAAAGAUGUCCUCAGUCAAGUUACCUCUUAUGAGAAUGUUCCUAGGAAGAAGGCAAAGUUUCAGAACUGGAUGAAGAACAGUUUAAGGAUCUUUAACUGUGACCUCCAGGAUCAGGUGUGGGAGAUCUUCUCAGCCGCCAUCAGCAGCCAGGCCACCAACCAACAGCAGCCUAAAGCCAAAUCUGCAACGGAGACUAGCAAAGAGCCCUGUCAUCCUCCUCAUUCUCACACCAUGCAGGAGGUGGAGGAACAAGUCAAAGAGAGGAAAAAAAACAAACGAGAGAGAAAAGAGGAGCGACAGAAAAAGAACAAAAAGAAGCAAACAGAGUACAACAGCAAGGAGGAAGAGAAGAAUGGUGAGAUUGCCUCAGCUGAACGACAGAAGAAGAAGAGGAAGAGAGAAGCAGAGCAGCAUGUGGAGGACAAAAAGACAAAUAAACUAAAAAAGCACAAACGAGAGGAACCUGAAGAAGAACAGCACCAGAGUUCGUUUGAAAGUCUGACCUCCCCAGGGGGACCAAGCCUAGAGGAUCAGCAGGAAGAUUCCAACAGUAAUGGAAAGUUUAACUGGAAGGGCACAAUAAAAGCGAUUCUACAGCAGUCCCCACCUGAAGGCCUCACCAUCAAGAGGCUCCGCAAGAAGGUUUUAGCAGCAUAUUAUUCAUUCUGCAAAGAUGGAAACUAUAAAUCUGAAGAACAGCUUUUCUCUCUGUUCAACAAGAAAUUGAACAACCCCAAGUUUAAGAUCUUGAAAGACAAAGUCAGACUAGUUAAAUAAUGUUGGACAGAAACCAUCAUGCCCCUGCUACUGUGAGCUAUUUUAUGUAACACA